UAGAGUCCAAGAUGGCGGGGGAGGAGGUUCCGUCUCUAAAGGCUCUGCUCUGUUCCGUCCUCCGCCCGAACCCUCCGCCGCUGUUCGGCGGGCAGCUGUUCGAGCUGUACCGGCUCCAGACGGAGCUCCUGAGGCGGAGGAGGGAGCGGGAGAUGAUGGAGCGGGACCGGCGGCGGAGGCAGUACCUGCGGAGGAGGAGAGCCUUCCUGCUGUCGUCCAUCGCCGCCAUCCUGAGCCUCAUCACCUCCACCAACCGGCCCGUCUGGGUCCGGAACCGAACGGCCGGACAGAACUUCUGGGCGACGGCCGAGUCGUUCGAUGACGACCAGUGGAAGGCGCAGUUCCGCGUCUCCAGGGCGACCUUCGACUACCUGGUCGAACUGAUCGGUCCGGCGAUCAAGCGGCGCCGGACGAACUACCGGGUCCCCAUCGAGCCGCGCCGCCGGCUGGCCAUCACCCUGUGGUGGUUCGCCCGGUCCGGGGAGUACCGCUCCAUCGCCGACAUGUUCGGGGUCGGCAUCGCCACCGUGUGCAUCAUCGUGCGGCAGGUCACCGUGGCCAUCGUGGAGCGGCUGUACCGGCGCUUCGUGUCGCUGCCGAGCGGACAGCGGCUGGACGACACCAUCCGAGGCUUCAGGCAGCGCCGCUACCCGCAGUGCGCCGGAGCCAUCGGCGGGACUCACAUCCCCAUCGCCCCGCCGAGGGACAACCCGGAGCACUACCUCAACCGGCGGGGCUGGCACUCGGUGAUCCUGCAGGCGGUGGUGGACCACGACGUCCGUUUCACAGACGUUUACGCCGGUUGGCCUGGAAGCACCAGCAGCGCCACGGUUCUGUCCAGUUCUGAUCUUUACCUGAAGGCCGAGGACCGACCCGACGGUUACCUGUUCCCCAGAGAGAAGUCGCUGCUGUCGGACGGCGUGGAGAUCCCGCUGCAUCUGAUCGGCGACGCCUCGUUCCCCCUGAAGCCGUGGCUGAUGAAGGGCUACGGCGAGCCGCACCAGCUGUCUCCGGAGCAGCGCCGCUUCACCUUCGCGCUGGCGUCGGCCCGGUCGGUGGUGGACGCCGCCUUCACCCGGCUGAAGGGACGCUGGAGGUGUCUGCUGAAGAAGAGCGACAUCGACGUCUCCAUGAUGCCCAGAGUGGUGGCCGCCUGCUGCGUCCUGCACAACGUCUGCCAGCAGCGAGGCGACGGCUUCCUGCCCGAGUGGAGCUUCGAGACGGACCCCUCUGGGAACUACCUGGUCCAGCCGGAGACGGAGGAAUACGAAGGAGACGCCUACUGCACUGCAGAGGUGAUCCGACAUGCCAUCACCUACGACCUGCUCGCUGUGCUGCAGAGCUGAAGACACUUUACCGGAAGUUGGCUAUCAGACAAAAGACUUCAUCUGUUUUAUGCUACUUUCUGCUUCCACUCCACGUUUCAAAGAUGUUUUUUUGGGGCUUUUAGCUUUUGUUAUAGUUGUACAUGAAAAGAGGCAGGAAGUGCAAGGAGAAGAGUGGUAGAAGGACAUGCAGUAAAUGGCCAUGGGUCGGACUCGAACCCUCAAGCCUUUGUUUAUGGGUCAACCCCUUAACCAGUUGAGCUAUUGGGGCACCUUCCACUCCACAUUUCAGAAGGAAAUAUUUUAUUUUCUCCUCCUCUGACGGUGUUUUUAACUCACUCAACGGAUGAAAAGGAAGCAGAGUAUCAGCUAGAAACUGUAAAAUUAGAGAGAAUCGUUGGAUUUUCAACUUUCCCAUGGCAAAAAAAAAUCUGCUUUGAACAGCAUAUACAAAAAGUCUUGACUGACUGCAGUGUUUCCUCCAGGAUUUUUUGCAGCAGUGGCGACAGGCUCUCCGGGAGCCGUGGCGACGUAAACAAAUGACAUUUGACUGCAGAUUUUACUUUUACAACCUAUUUAUCGAAUGGCCAUUUGACAGUAGCUUUUUAAAGGCUGAAUGUAAAAAUUAAAAAAAAGAUAUAUUUGAACAAGCUCAUCUGAAAAUGCAGUCAGCAGUUACAUCAUGGAGUGUAGAUAUUAGCUUAAUGCUAUCGAUUAGUUUACUCACAUUAGCGACACUGAGUUGGCACCAAACUGAAGCUGCAGAUAUGUUACAUAACGUUAGCUGGACAUCAAUAUUUAGUGAAUGAGUUAUCUUAAGCUAAUAACUUUUCUCCAGUAAGUCGCUGCCCUAUUUUCCAAAACUACACUCCUCUGACCUGGUGCCUGGAUGCUUGACAUGACGUCACUUUCAAGGCCGCGCUCUCGAGUAAUUAAUGUCAUAUUAACCCGACGUAUCAAAGAGUAGCUACUGAGACAGAUAGUUAUCUGUAGUUUACAUUGGUACUCGUGAGAACCCGACACAGUGCAGCACUGCUGUGAAGGUGGAGUCAUGCGGCGGUGGUGUAUUUGUGACUAUAAAAAAAAAUAAAAAAAAUUGAAGGAGCGGUGGCUAGGAUUUAAGAAUGGCGGCCGCCGCUCCUAAAUGAAGAAACACUGUGACUGAGUUAAGACCAACAGUCAUGUGACAACAAUCCAGAGACUUUUCAGCUGAUGUCAAUGUCAGAUUUAUUUAUAUAGAACGUUUAAAGACCUAUGGCCAACCAAAGUUCUUUACAGUAAAAUAAAUCAUCAACAAUAUGAGAACAAUAAAAGCAAAACAAUAAGACAGUAAAAUAAAACAGAUUAAAGAUCUAUUAGAGGUGACUGUGCUCAGCUAAAGGCCAGGGUGAACAAGUGGGUCUUAAGACGAGUUUUAAAAGUGGAGAGGCUAUUCACAGACUGCACAUGGAGGGGCAAUGCCUUCCACAGUGUGGGAGCCACAACUGCAAAGGCUCAAUCUCCUCUGGUUUUCAUGAGAGAUGGCAGAACGUCCAGGACCAUCUGGUCAGCUGACCUCAGGGCUCUGGAGUGUUGAUGAAGCUGAACUGCAGGAUGUGUUUUUACUGAGCAAAGAGGAGACGAGGAUGGACACAAGCUGUCAAAUACUUCAAUUUUUAUUUGGCACAAAAUACUACUUUCUAUCCAAAUACUUCUGGUUUUAAAGGUUUAUUCUACCAAAAUACUACUUUUUGUCAUUAUACAUAUGGUUAAUGACAAAAAGUAGUAUCGUGCAAAAAGUAGCACAGCGUGGAUGUCUGUCCGUGUUCUGCCCGGACGGUUAUUUCUGUUACACAGCAUGCUCACUUCCACCUUUAAUGCUGUAACGUGCACAAAACGGAGAUGAUUACUCGAUUAAUCGAUGGCUGCAGCCUUAAAGCAGAGUGGUUGAACCCACAUUCUGUAGUUUUUCAGAAAAAUUGAUACAGUUUUGUGUUUUCAAGAAGAAUCCUGGACUCUAUGUGAGUUAGUAUUUCUCACCAAAACCACUUUAUAGAUAUUCUGAAGUCAUUUAACAAAGAUGGUUGAGUCUCAUCUUUUCUUUUUGCAACAUCUUGCAAUGUUAAUCUUGCAACAAUGUUAAAAAAAAAACAACAAACUACAACAGCAAAACGGGGAAAAAAAUUUGACAUGCAAGUUUCAAGAUUUGAUUCAGAAAAUGUCCCAGAAAUGCCCCAAAAACAUUAAUAAAAUGUUCCACACUGUCCAUUUAGGUUGAUUUUUAAAACACUGAGCUUUUAAAGUUCACAUGAUGCUGUAAUACUAUAAGUAAGGAGGAGGUUGGAAGAUACUUUUAUUAACCACAAGAGUAAUAAAACUGUUAUAAACUUCUAAUUUCACAUUUUUGGAGUUUAUAAGCUGCUAAAAAGAACAGAAGUUGAAGAAGACUUUUUAUCGUGCUCCUCUUGUUUGUUCUGUAGCUGAAGCUUCUCCAGGAGAAUUUCUGAGAUGUUCUGGACUAACAAGCUGCUGGUGUGUUUAUUCAGCUGUGUAUUAUGAAGGUACCACAACGUUCAUGUUCUAUUUAUUAAGUUCUGUUUGUUCGUCUAUACUUGUGUGUUUUUAUUUAUUUGCUUCAGCAUCAUAUUUAUAUACAGCAGAAGUCACUUUUGUAAUCCUGUUACAAUACUUGUAAUAAAAGAUGUUUAAGUGCCUGGUACCCGCCAAUAAAAGGACUUUUUAAAAUAA